AUGAGCGAAAAAACAGAGGAGAAUCGCAACGAUGGGCCACCCGCUGACAGCAUUGAUGGUGCCACGGUGGGUGGGGAUUCCCCCUCCAUCAGUCCCAAUAAUGCGAGAGCUUCAGCGAGCACAAUGCACAAGGAUCCGCUCAAUCUCGGCAUCCCUCUACCGGUCUUGGUGAUGUCCACUCCCAUCAACGCCACAGCCGGGGACGAUGAUAACCGCAAUGAAGGUAGUGCUGAAGCGGAAGAUGUCGAGGACUGCGAGUCGAAAGAAGGUCAUGUUGCUAGUCCCAUUGCCAGUACCAAAGAAGCCAAAAUGAUGGGUGGACGUGUGAAAGAAUUGAACAGUAUAGCGGCUGAGGACGCGAUGAAGUGCACCUCUGGUGAUGCCGAGUUAUUAGAGUGUAGUCUAAGGAGCAGAUUUGCUCUUGACUCUGCCACUGAUACAGCCGCACUUGAUGAGAUGGUGGCAAGUGCCACUGCUCUGUCGAUGUCGGAACCGGGGGGAUACGCGAUCGGUGGACCUGGAGGUGCUUCUGGACACGCGGGGACUGAUGACUCCAGCUAUGAUGGAACCGCAAGCCCAAGUGAAGAUCUGGAAGACGGUAUCUCAAGGCGGGCAAGUCCACGAGAAGCCUCAUUCUGCCGAGACAGUAGUACACGUCCCACAAGCGUCUCCAAUUUGGAUUCAUCAGACUACCUGGUGGAGGCAACACUUGUGACAGACCAGCAAGGGCAGCCUGUGGUCCAGGUGGAUGCAGAACCUGUACGCAGAUGUCCAUUUUACGCCACUGCUGGAUCGUUGGUUGCCCUCUUGGUUGCUCUAGUGGUACUAUCGGUGGGACUGUCAAGUGCUUCCAACGACUCGUCAAACUCUGAUAAUCCCAUUCAAGCUACAAAAACGAUGAGUCCAACUGAAGCUCCCUUGCCAACUCUUGAGCGUAUUCAAAGGAAUGGCACUAGCUUUCUGGGAAGCAAUGCUACUUCAGCUGCAAGUGGUCGUGGCGCCAUGGACAAUGAUUUUGCCACCAGCCUUUGUGCUGCCGUCGCUGCAGCUGUGCUAGACGACCCGUCUGCUAUUCAAAUGGUGGUUCGGAAUGAAACAGAACAGUUUGAAGCUCUUGACGGCGGUGAAAUGGAUUAUCUGAUUAGCAGGAUAGGGGUUACGAUGAAGCAAGACGUCUACGAGGGAAGGUCGGGAAACGGGCUUGCCUACACCAUGCCUUACCUAUAUUCAGGGGUUGGCUUCACAGGUAUAGUUUUGUGA